AUGGCAGCACCACAUUCAGCGCAUCUUCCCUGCGAGUUGAUGUUGACACACGCGUCGGUGACGUACAUGUGCCGAUUAGGGCAAGAACGGAUACACGUGGUGAGCGCCAGGCCACUGUUGCAUGUAACGAAGCCAUAUGGAACUCGGGUUUGCUGGAACAUGUGCGCCGUCAAGCACAACCAUGCCAUCUGUAAUUAUUUGUUGGUAAAUCGCAAACUCUGGGGUCGACCCGUUGUCCAGAGCCAAAAGCAGCACUACAUGCAAGGCGAGAAUGGCACUCUGCUGGUUGGUUUGGUCAUGGAUCCAAUGUUUGACUGUCGUCGGAACGUUGCUGCCAGGGUCCAAUAG